CUUUCCGCCUCACAUACCAUGGGCGUCAAGCAAAAGACAAAGUGGGGCUCGUAUCAGGGCACUGCUUCGAAACUGGUCAUAGGCUUGGACAUUGGCACGACUUACAGCGGUGCUGCCUACGCUUUCCUCCGACCUGGAGAAGAGCCAAAAGUGGUCAAUGUAUGCAAAUUCCCGAGGCAGCGACCGGGCGAAGGCUCCAAGGUCCCAUCCGUCCUCUUGUACUCGCACGAUGGGCAUUGCCUCGCUGUGGGUAGCGAAGUGGCCGAAAUGGAGGCGGUCAGCGCAGGUCCGACUGGCAGCAAGCUGCACAAGGCAGAGUGGUGGAAGCUGGCCCUCUGUCGAGAUGAUCACCAAUCACGCAUCAAGGUGCAAGGCGCUACCAAAGACUCGGCCUUUCGCUACGACAAGGUGCAGCAGAUCCGUCUGCCGCCUGGCAAGAGCGCAAAAGAUUGCUACGUCGACUUUAUAAAGUGGAUGAUGCGCUGCGUCGAGUCGUACAUCAGGGACAAUAUCGCCUCUGGUGAAGCGCUCCUCAAAGAGACUAGCGCUUCGCGUGUGAUCGUCUGUGCCCAUCCGAAUGGCUGGGAAGGCUCGCAGCAAGAAGCUCUUAGGAGAUGCUUUGUCGAUGCUGGUGUCGUCGCUUCCGACAGGGCCAAGGCGCAGAUUCGCAUGGUGACGGAAGCCGAGUGCUCCUUGACCUAUGCUCUCAUGUCCCAGUCCAUGGCCAGCUGGACAGAGUGCGGAUCGCAAAUCGUCAUUGCGGACUGUGGAGGUGGCACGGUGGAUAUCAGCGCAUAUGCCGUCCAAGCUGUGGAGCCGAUUCUCUCCGUGCGAGAAGCCGCCAUCUCUCAAUGUCUUGUGGCAGGUGCGACUCUGGUCGAUGAGCGUGUGGCCCAGCACGUCAGAGCGCGCCUUCAAGGCACCAAGUACGGCGACCCUGAAGACGUUGCCAAGAUCACGCAAGACAUCAUCAAGACGAUGAAAGAGUCGUUUACAAACGAGCGCACCCCCGUGUACGUUCGUGUAGGAGGUCCCAUGGAUGUGGAUGAACCUCUGAGCGUCAUCAAGGGCCAGCUCGUCAUACCGGGACAGACCAUCAGCGGAUUUUAUCAGCCCUCGAUCGAAGCGACUGCUGCUGCCAUCAGAGAAUCGAUCGCCUCUCUGCCCGCUUCGAGACACGCACGAGUGGCUCUUGUUGGCGGCUUUGCCGAAUCGACGUUCUUUAGGGAUCAGCUCAGAGCGCGAUUGGGAGGCCAGGUGUCCGUCGCGAAGCCCGACAGCUCGGCCACCAAGGCCGUGGCGCAUGGUGCCGUUGCGUGGGCCAUCGAAGGGGCGGUCAAGUCGCGACGGUCAAAGAUGGCGUACGGGGUGCGCGUGUCGGUGCCUUUUGACAAGACCAAUGCAGAGCAUGCCGAGCGAUCUGGACGCAUCUUCAUAGGCGCCGACUCGCGGCCCAGACUUCCGCACGCUUUCCAAACGCUUCUCAGCAAGGAAGCAGAGCAAGGAUCUGAAGAGGAUGUGGAGUACACCUUUGGCCUCACCAAAGGCGUCGACGAGCCCUUGACGGGUGCAUUCGACUUGCUCUGCUACCGCGCAGACGGCACGCCCCCAGCCUUUAUCGAUGACGAUGACGACCGUUUCGACACUCUUUGCAGGCUAGACGUCGAUCUCGAGCGUAUCAGCAAAGCCUUGGACGUGCAGACCACUGGCAACGGUCUCAAGUAUCGUUCGGUCAAGUUUGUCGUCAAGCUCAGUCUUGGUGCCACGGAGCUGCAAGCGCAAUGGGUGCACAGCGGUAUCUGCGAGGUCACUGGCGACGCCGCCGUCGUCUUUCUCGAGGAUCUGGAUCAUUUCCGCAAGCCCGCCGAGCCGAUGAUUGCGGCACCAGAACAACAGGUCGACUCGGGCGCUCUGCUGCUGGACCUCCAUCGCGAGCCGGCACAAAGUCGUCCCGUGCACGCGCCUGUGCACGCGCCUGUGCACGCGCCUGUGCACGCGCCUGUGCACGCGCCUGCGGUUGAUGCGGCUCGGCCGAUGCCGUACCAUUAUCCUCGGACAGAUGCCGGUCCGAGGAUGCCGAGCCCUGUGCCCUCGAUUAGCGGAAGCAGCAUCUCUCGCAUAGCGCUGUCAGAUGGGGCGCACUCUGCUCAAGAGGAGGAGAUUCUCUCCCAAAAAGCGCGCAUCGCAGACCUCGAAAGUCAGUUGCGUUCCUUGAAGGCUGGCGAUGCACCUCGACGCUCUAGACCCACAAGCUCGAGCGCUGCAUACUCGACACCACCUUUGUCGGCAGCAUCGGAUGGUUUCGCCGACAUCCACGGCGCCGCAUCGCCCUCGACUCUCCCGACUAGGCAGCAGCAGCCUGCUCAUCCAUUUUUUGGAGCCCUUGCCGCUCAGCAGCGUCGCUCGAUCAUGCAAACGGUGGACGCACCUCUUUCCCCUCCUUCAGAUUGGGACCAAUCUCCACGUUCUGCGGAUCGCAGCGUCACCAGAAACACUCGUGGGAACGCAUUGGAACGUCUCGAUGCCGCACCAGAGCACCAGGGUGAACAUCACCACAUGCGUACUCGGCGUCAUCACCAUUUGCGCGUGGACGAUAUCGAUGACUGGCAACGUCGGGCACAGAGACUGGGGCCCGAAAGCCCUGGUUCAAGUCGUGGACCUCUUGCGUUUGAUGCGCGGGAACAGCUCGAAGAGCUUUUGCGCAAGAACAGCUCGCUGGACUCGCGCUCCCGCUCCCGCUCCCGCUCCCGUUCCCGCUCGCGCACACCAUCUCCUCUUGUCAGACCACAAGCGCGCCGCCCGCACGUUAUGCGAGGCGAUUGGUCUGCAGCACAAGCGGCGCUCACCGCGCCCGAAUCCAGUGCCUCGGCCGAGCAACGCGGGCACACGAGGCUGCAGGCCAAGUAUUCGGAUCGCGCGCCGGAAACUUUUGUUGAUGAGUUGGGCAUCACGCGGACCAAGAUCCCGCACGGAUACUGUGCACCGGCCUGGAAAGUCCAUCGAACGCUGGAGCGACUCGAGAUGCUGAGGUUCGGAGACGAGUUCAUCUCGGCAAAAGAGGCGCGGCGAUGCGAGCAAGACCUCGAGAGGCAGCUAUACGUCGACGUGGCGCGUUGGAAUCAACAACAAGCUCAGUCAUUCGCCGCACACGCGAGUGCUGGCACGCACGCGGACAGCGAUGUGGAUUAUGGACGGCUUCAUCUCGAGCGAUAUGCUCGAGAGCUAGAAGAGCAAGAGCGCCGCCAGCAAAAGCUGGAAAGGGUGACACCUGAUGCAUUGCGGCGAGAGUUCAGCGGCCAGGACGUGGCGCUUCCUCAGCGUCUCAGGUCAGAGCUCCGGCAGCAUCAAGACUUGACCAGACUGGCAGGGCGCAAGCACGCUGAAGGUUCGGCGCAGAUGUUCACAAGUUCCGUCUUAUCACCAACAGAGGGGCAUCCGACAGCCUUGCACGACAGUCCGAUAGAUAACGCAGACGACACGAGGCGGCCCUUUCGCGGGCGCACGCACCUCCCCCAAAGACAAGAGACUGCCCCUCCCCCAUACCCCGACUUUUUCUCCCACACGCACGAAGCGUGAGACAGCAAACAAGCAUGAGCGAUGUAAGACGUUGGCUGACGCUUGGGUUGGCGCAUCCUGAAAUUCAACACUUUUGCGGUCUCGUG